AUGCGGCCGUCUGUACCCGGCGUAUAUGCGUAUGAGCUACUCCUAUGGGCUCGGAAGGAACUCGAGAACUUGGAGGUCUUCACGGCGGACGACGGCGGCGGUGGCGGUGGCAACACUGUGCAUGGCGACAAGGCUCCCGUUGACGGCAAAGGAGAGGCAGCGACUCUGGCGAAACGCGCCGACGUAUCAGGUGGCCAAGAAUGCGGCGUGGUCCGCGUGGAGGAUGUACAGCGGGUGGAGACGCCAGCUGCAGAGAUCACGAAUGCCAUGAAGGACACGAAGAUCGUGAAGAAUAAGGACCAGGAGAGAGGAGGCAGCGAGAGGGAAGAAGAGGAGACCGUCGCCAUGGCCGGCACGGGGAGCAGGGAGGAAGCAUUGCUGGUUCUCUUUGAUACAACAUGGCAAUAG